GCCAUGGGUACGCACCCGCACCCGUACCUGUACCUGUGUCUAUGGGUACAUACCCAUGGCGGGUACGGGUACGGGUUGGCCUUGAGACACCCGUGGGUUUACCCGUGUGGAUCCCUAUAGGAACACCAACAUUCCUAGCAUACCUAUCUGUUUCCUUGACCUCUGUGUCUCCCAUCAUCACUGUCUGGAGGCCCCAUUCAGCUUUUCAAAUCUUUGGUUGGCAACUAGGUUUUACUACUACUAGUGGGAUCAUCUUUAUUUUAUUCAUUAUUGAAAACCUCCUGUGGUAAUUGUUCUUAUCAACACAUCAUCUUUCUCAGUUUCAUUCACAUACUGCAGUCACU